AUGGAGAAGAGGUGGCCACAGUUCGACUGGAGUGUUGUUGAUCCAAUAUAUCCAUCCAAAACCGAUCUUUACUCAUUUUCGAGGCAAGCACUGACGAGGAGAGGUGUUGAGGCGAGAAAAUGGCUGCGUGACAGACCUGAAAAGGUGAUUGCUGUGGUUUCUCAUAGCGGUUUCCUGAGAGUCGGGGUGUCCAACAAGGGUUAUCAUAAUGCGGAUUAUCGGAUCUUCAAGUUUGCUGAAGGUAGUGAUCAUGAUGAAACAGGGGGCCAAUUGAUUGAAUUGGAGGUUACAGAAAUGAAGGGGGGUGGAUUGGGGAAGAGUGGAUUCGGAACAUAUUACAUGACCCCUGGAGAUUACCCAGAAGAGACCGAGACACCUACUGAAGAAACACCCAAAUUGCAUUCGUCGAAAGCUGCAUAG